AUGGAGGCCCUGAAGACCCUUCUGGUGAUCAGCGCCCUGCUCCUCUCGCCCGCUGAAGCCCAGCAGGCCACCGAGCAUCGCCUGCAGCCGUGGCUGCAGGGCCUGGCGGCCGUUGUGGGGUUCCUGUUCAUAGUGUUCGUCCUCUUGCUCGUCAACCGCAUCUGGUGUACCAAAAGGAGAGCUGAUGACAAUGAAUCCAUGUUCAUAAUGGAGACCAGCCCGUACCAGAACACAGACCUGAGUAAAGAAGGCAAGAGAGAGAAGGAGAAAAGGGCCAAGAAGGAAGGAGAGAGCAACUUGGGGCUGGAACUGGAGGAGUCCCAACACCAGGCGAAAGCCACGAUCACCCCCAUGUGAAGAUUUCCUGCCCACCUCCUCCAGGCAGGCCCCCGGGGAUGCCUCUGUAACAGGUGACCUGGACCUGAAACGACUGAAAUAACUACAGGAAUACAGACCCCGAAUGAAGAGGCUUGGGACCUGCCUCCCCCCACCCCCAAGAGGGCUCUUUGCCCCUCCCAUGGUCUCUAUGCACCUCCUUUCCGAUUUGUCCUGUGUGGUGAUUCUUACUGACGCGUGAUGAAGAAAUCCCCUACCUCCCACAACCUCGUGGCUCCCCGCUCCCACCCACUGUCUGGUUUCUUUUCCCUCUGCCGGAUAGUUCUUGGUUAGAACCUCCUCCCUCAGGAUCAAUAUGGGCCAGGACUGUCUCUUGGGAACCUGCAUUAAAUAAUUGAUCAGAGCCCAGCCAGUGUGGCUCCGUGGUUGAACGUCGACCUAUGAACCGAGAGGUCGGGGUUCAAUUCCC